CUCGGUGUGCGACCUGGGCGGAUAUCAUGCAAGAUAUGAAGGGAUCGAGGUCCCUGCGCGUUUGCGUGAAGAGACCACUCCUUUCGAUCAUCCUUCCUAAAGAAACGACUCGUUACAUGACAGCUGAAGCAUGUCAUCCGAACGACACAACACCAUGAAAACUCAGCGUAGCAGACCGAGUUCCCCCAAGACUUUGACAGCUGCGUUUUCACACAUCGCAAAUGAUGCUGCCCAGCGUAUAUACAGGAUCGCUUCCAACUUGACGCACGCGAUAUUCGGUGCCGUCCUGUUGAUACCCGCCGUAUCAGCCGACAGUGAUUCUGUCACAGGAUACGUCAAUCUGAACAGUUCCGAGCCAACUUACGAACCGUUCACAGCGCGACCUGUGGACAACAGUACAUUUGAUGGUCAGAAGAUAUUGGCCGAUGUCAACAACUUCCUCUCCAGUGACGGUAUCAAAUACAGACUCUGGAGCGAUCGCGCCGCCCAGAUUCGCGCCGGUAACAGAGGCGAAUGUGUUGGCAACCUCUCACUCGCACUGAGUGGACUGGGCGCGGCAUAUCAAGCAAGCGCUGCUGGCGCGACAACACUCUUGACUCUUCUUCCCACUGCGGGUGCUUUGAUCGGCACGCCAACGAAAGAGCUAUGGAUUUUAUAUAAGCUCAUGCCCGUUGCGGGAAUCUUCUCUAUGGUCUUAUCUCUUGGCGGUAACAUCGUUCCGUCCACCGUCAAUGACUAUGAGAGCAUAGACUCUGACCCUCUGAAUUACAAUGCCGAGAUGGCAGUGGUUCCAGAUAGUGAAGAUAAAGAAGCUUUCGAGGACGCGCUUGAAGAACGCUUGAAGGGCGUUCAUGAACACGAAAAACGCUUCCAUAUCUUCGCCCAUCGCGUUGCGGAACGAGCCCAGCUCCGUCACGGCAAGCGUAGGAGCGGUGUCUUCACGUUUGGCAUGAUCUCACAAGUGUUGCUCAUCACCAUCAUCUUGGUGGCAUGUUGGUUCAUGCAAUCAGGUGCGAUCGUGGUGUGGUGGUGUGAGUUCAAACCGUUUAUGUGGUCUUGGUACGUUUGUGUUGCGAUCAGCUCCAUCAUCGACUCCAUCGCCGGUGUCCCAUUCACCAAACAGUGGACAGUUCGCGUCUCUCGUGCGCCCAAGAUUGAAGUCAGCGACGAUGCACCAUGGGUAAUCCCUGAUCCUGAGCACCCUGCUGCCACGACUCCUCGGCGGACAAGCUACAAAAAUCCUUCAGUAUCCGAAGACCCCGUCCUUGAAACGUCAGAAGGUUUCGAACUCCAACCGAAUCGGCAUACAUCCAAUUUUGGAGGCAGCUUCAACGGCUAUUCCAAUCCACGUUAUACAUCAGUCUCUCAGCAAUACCGCCAACCCUUCAUUCCACGUGGAUCAAUCAUCGAAGGUCUACAGAAGGGGUACAACACCACCGGCCGUAUUGUCCUGCAAAGCAACAAAGGCUGGUCCGCCGCCAACGAUGCCUUUUACGUCAUCAUCGGCGUCCGAGGCGUUUCCAACGCUCAUGCUAUCCUGCGGAUCUUCUCCAAAGUCCUAUCCAUCGGCGUCUACACUGUCGGCACGGCCAUGUUCGCCUCCAGUACGCUGACCACCAUCCUCCUCAUGAGGGAUCGACCUUUGCUGAACGCGCUGGCCAAGGACAAUCGUGAAGCCGAGAUGUAUAUCGAGGCGAUGCUGCGUCAGCCAGAUAUGGUGUUCGAAAUCCUCGACCAUGUCAUCAUCGAUGGCCGCUGCGUCAAGAGGCUCAAUUGGUUCCGUUGGAGCAAGGUGUUUGGUGUCAUGGCCCCGCCGUUUGAUAUCACGAAACUGGUCGUGCCCGGAGUGUUUCAUGGCGUUUGAGAAGAUAUGGACUUCGCGAAAUGGAUUUUGUGGAUUGAACAUUUUAUCAGGAUUAUUUUUUAAAUGUACCCAAGGGAAUCAAUCAACAAAUAUGGAUGCAGACACGACAUCAUUUCACAACAUCCGCAAACCUGCAGCGCAAAUCGUCUCCUUGUCAUGCCUGAAUUUCUCCUUGAUCCUCAAUUCGUCCCAGUAAUUCCAUCCGACCCUCGAUCAUCACAGUGCUCUUGGGUCGCCUUCUCACCACGCAACCUGUUCCAGAAAGAAAGCAUCCCUCU